CUCCUUGUGCAAACAGCUUGCCUAAACAGAGGCAAAGUGACAAUGUUCAGAGCGUGCGCCCGCCCUGCCCUCCAUUCCUCCUCGUCACUGGAAACCCUUCCUCAUACAACAACACUUCCUCACACAGCGAGGAUCCGCUGCUGCUGCUGCCACAUGAAAAGCACACAGUGCCCGGCCAACAUGCGACACCAACUCCUCUCCUACAGAUUUUCGGUGCCGUAAUCUCUCCAAACCCGGAUAUGCUUAUUGUGCGAGGAGAAAAGGCGAAGCGGCAGAGGAGCACAGAAUGAGAGAGGCGCGGCGGCGGAGGAUCAGGAUCAGGAUCAGGACUGAAGAAGCUGUUUGCUGCCAGUUUUCAGGGCGACACACGGACGUGAUGAGCAGAGUGAAAGUUGAUGAAGAGGAGAAAAGAAAUGGUGAAGCUUUCAGGCCACGCAUCUGCUGAGCAGCUCCUCACCAAGACUUCCUAUCAGACUGGCUGCUGCCUCUGAGGGUGAGGUGGAGGUGCAGCUGUAGCUGGACGAGGUGAAUUCCCACAGGGCAGGGGGGCUCCGGAGAUGCCGCUCCCUCAGGGCAUGCUGUUCUGCUUGGGCAUGCUGCUGAUGACCGGUGGCGGGGUCAUAGUCCUGUGCUUGGGCCUGCCCCAACAGUCAGCCCCGUUGUUUGGGGUCGGGCUGUUCCUGGGCCUGGGGGGCUUAGCCCUGCUGGUCAGUGGGCUCUGCAUGGCCAUGAAGAAUCUCCAGGUGGCAGUGCCAGGACACUUCCUCCUGCAUCCCCGCACGGGCACACGCUUCAGCCCACAGCAGGCCCUGGCGAUACAAAGGAGGUUGGACAGAAUUCGUCGAGAGAUGUCAGAGGACUCUGUCAGCAGGGCACCAGAUCCCGAACCCUCUCUCCCGUCCACCCCACCGCCCUGGACUAUGGAGCCGCCUCCGUCCUAUGACACAGUGAUGAAGAGCCAGGAGAACAGCGAGCAGCUUAACCUCGCACUCUAGUGGACAUCUUUACUCUGUGUUUGUGCCUUUUGUCUUCGGUUCUCAGUGGGAACCUCGAGCCAGCAGUUGGUGCUGUUGAUGAACUCGCUGCAAGGGGCCUCUUCUGUGCCUUAAGACAGCCACCCUAAACCCAAACCUGAGCACAAGCAAAGAGGCAGGAAGAGACUGCAGCUGGUUAAAGACUUAAUAUUUGUACAGACUAAGCCCCAAUGUGGCCUCCGUGUCUACUAAACGUGUGUGUUGUGAUUGAUUGUGAAAGGAAUUGAAAUGAUCACUGCAGCUGCUCUGCUCUCUACACUAAGGGCCUUUCUUGAGACCAGGAUUAUGUAACUUUUACAAGAGGGUUAAGGGAUUCAUGUCGACAGUCUGGCUGCAAGCCUCCUGUAGACACCUGAUUAAGAUAUUUUAUUGGCCUGCUUGAAUUUAUGUGACCUACUACUGUGGCUGCGCAGCACUCCUCUUCAAACACGAUAAGAACUUUUCUCAUGGCUUCACAGCUUCUCUUUGUACCUGCACUCUCUCCUGUCAUAACUUUGCUCAAGGUUCAUUGACAGCUUACUACAAUGCAAAGUGCCUUAACCAGUGACGGCAGAAUGUUAACAGCUUUAUAUCCUGUGAUUGCAGAAUGUCCACUGUUACUUCUAUGUUGUGAUGUUACUAUAAACUAAAAUUAAUGAAUA